AGUGACUACACAACGUCUAGACGAUACUCAAUAGAUAUUGUAACAAAUACCGGUCAAUUAUCAUUUUAACUCUGUCAAAGAAAAUCUCACGAAUGACGAUAUAAACAACACGAAUUCUCGAAUGGCAAAGGCAAAUUCAUUUCUAAAUUGAUUAUUUUUCAGUACUAACAAUUAAAAAACAACUUGAAUUUCUACGAGUACCUUGCAAACUAUAAUAACACUCACAGCAGCUGCUACAGAAAUUUUGAAAAUUCAACGUGCGCUGUACGAGUAAAUGCGUGAAACAGCCAAUUGUCUGAUCUUUAAUAUGAGCGUAUUAAUGAAAGUUGGCAUUCAAAUAAAAUGAUUUACGCCGUAAGGUGUAAAACGACAUGCUCGCACUCUGAUGUUGGCACGGAGAUAACACGAGGAAAGAAUGGUCUUGAAAAAGUGGACAUUGUGCGCAAACUUUUGUUCCCGCGUCAUAAAGUACGCCAGCAUAGCAGACUACUAGGGACAGCUGAGGGACCAAUUCCUAACACAGGCUUACCAAUUUGCUGUUGACUAGAUGCGCCGGGCCUGUCGACUCGCCAGUACGCAUUCCUAAGCUGUGCUGUCACGAGUGAUCGGUGAGCGUAUAGCGAGUGAACAGUGAGCGAUCGGUGAGACGUCAAGAUGCAAACACAAGGCAACAGCGCUGACUAUUACCUAACGAACGCCACUGCCGUUUCGAUUGCCAAUUCGUGUCCACGUGUCGGCAGCGUCAGCGUGGCCUCCGUCAGCAGCAACCCGUCGCCGGAGAUCGCUUACGUCGAGCACCAGAACUGCACACCGCAAAGCUGCUUUCAGCUUGAGUAUUUGAUCGCGUCGACCGACACUCAUCAGCAUCGUCAUCAGACGCAGAACAACCACGAGUACCAGCAACAGCUGCAGCAGCCCAAGGCGCAGAACUUCCAGAUCAACCGUGUCGCCGAGGAACGAAGCUACGCGCAUGAGAACGUCGCAGCUCACGACGGCUAUAUCAGUGACCAGUGGUAUCUGCACCAUCAUCAUCCCCAGCAACCGGCUACGCAGCAGUUGCAGCCGCAAACACCGAGCGCGUACAUUCAAGAACUAGUACAGCAGCAGCAGCAGUACCAGCAACACCAUUAUCAACAAACGUACGUACAGCAGCAGCAGCAGCAGCUAUUGUCGAGCACGCCAUUCGCCGCGAACGCGCAAGUGGCUCAGGAACCGUAUCGCUUCGGCUACGCCGCAGCGGCUGACCUGGAGGCCCAAGCGAUGGCCGCCGCCAAGGAAAGCGCGCCAAGUAACAGCCAAACGAGUACCGCCAGGCGGAAGCGCAAACUGCGGCCGAUAGAGGCAACCGAAGCCGGCCCGCAGGCUAGCAAGACACCCAAACUCGAAAGCUGUGCCUGUGACGAGGGCAUCGGCGACGACGAGGACCCGAGGCUCGUUGCCAGCAGACGGGAGAGGAUACGCACCCGGGAGCUCAAUUGGGCUUACAGCUUGCUGCGCCGGUCGAUCCCCAAUCUGCCCAGCGAGAAGCUCAGCAAGUUUCAAACGGUCAGAUUCGCCGCCCACUACAUAGAGUUUCUGCACAACCUGUUGGAGUACAUAUCCAUGGACGAAGCCGAGAGAAUGAAACAAGUCGGACCCAAAGCUGCAGUUCUAGUCAAAGCGUACCAACUAAUGAAGUCAGCAAAAUCAAUGCAACCUUCGUCGACCACCCUUGAGAAAAUGUCCUACUCGUACAGUCUUUGGCGUGUGUACAAUCCACUGCGACCAUCGCCUAAACUAGCAUGACUUGACGAUUAUAUGUCUCUGCCAGUGCCAAAUCUCUUGUGAUCAAUGUACAUAGACUUUAGUUUGUAAGAUUGCCUUAACUUGCUAACUGGAAUACGAUAUUUUAUGAUAUUACCAGUGCGUUUUCAAAGACUGUUUGUUAUUUUAUUUAUUUAUUUCAUUUUAUUAUAGUUACUGAUUGAAUGAGUUUAUCGUAAGAUGCGAUACUUUGUUUUUGCGUUACCAAUUUUACGUUUUUAAAAUUAAGACGUAAAUAUAAAUAUUUUUGACAAUCAACGUUACGCCAAACACAUAUUUAAUAAAUCAUCCGA